CUAAAAGGUAUUGACAACAAUUUAGCUGUUGAUUCAUUUAGCUAUGUAAUGCUGUAAUGUAAUUUUGUAAACGUUUGAGAACCUCCCAGGAUACAGUGAUCUAUCAGGCUUGUCAGCCUGGCACCUAACGGUCCAUUAGCACCAGUCGGCUGCCUGCCAAAACCACUUGACUACGGGCAGGUUUGGUCUUUAAACUCACAGAACUGGAGCAGAAUUAUGCGAUGUAGGUCCGAAAGUGCGCUCAGGUUUUCAGCUUCGAUGCUUCAGUAUUCAUUUAAUUUAAAAACAGAUGAAAAUCGAGUCUGGUUGGUGCUACAUUGUAAACAUCGAAGAUUUUAGAAGCUGCAAACAUUGUUCUUGUUAUAUAGGACCGAUAGCUAUACAACUUACAGCACAUUUUCUGACUAAAUUAUAUAAUUUUCAUUAAAAAUGCGAAACUCGCCCUGGAUACACCAGCGGGGGUCAGAUUCAGCGCCCCCUGUCUCGAGACCACGUGACCCACCAGCCAUCUCCCUGAGCGAGCAGGACGAGAUGGUGGAGCGCGUCUCCCGGCCGACAGAGAGCGCCCUCUACCGUCAGUCUCUGUACUGGAAGCUCGACUCCUACAUGGACCGCGGGUUCCACUCCUGGACCAAGAUGGACUUGUUCACCGACAGCAAGAACAGCAUGUACACGCCCGAGGGGAGCAUCAAAAAAACCUGCAAGAUCCGCCCCGUUCAGAAAGUUGAAAAUCGUCUGCCGCAACUACGUAACAACCAAGGCGCUGGUUUAGUUAAUCUAAACGUCUUCGCUAAACCCAGACUUUACUGUGAUAAUGGUGACAAUGUUAACGGUUCCACGAACAGGGACGGGGCGUGGUCAAGUUACAUGCAAGCCUGUGAGACGCCAGGCGCCAGUUUUACAUCACGCGGGAGCUGGAGGCGAAGGGAGCCUCACUUCCUGUCACGUUCGCACGAGUGUCUUUUCGUGUCUUCGCCUAGAAGAGCUCCAGGACAGUCACUUCCUUUAAUUGGGAAAGCGGGAUAACUUGAUUAAAAAAUUUAACUCACGUAGACAUUUGGCUUUCGUCUUACUCAUAGAGCACUAAAAAUAAAUUACUUUCAAUUUUAUUGAAGAAGCCGACUUUAUAUUAAACAUCUGUCCAAAUGUUGUAUUGCAAAUGACCACUAAUUAAUAAACUAAUUAUCAAAAUUAUAAUGAAAUCUAAAUUUAAGCAAUCAACACAGCAAGAAGGUUUAUAAUUCACAUACAUCACCACAAUAUGAUUUUUUAAAAUGUCAUAUGGAUACAUAAACUAAAGAUAAAUAAAGUUAGACACUUGGUUUGUUUUAAUUUAUUCUGAAGUUGAGAUGGAUAAUAUUAGAAACACAAUUUUUGGUUUUAAGACUUUUACCACAUUUUAAAAUAUUUUGAAAAAAUAAA